UGGCCGUUUAGUCGGUGCUUAGACGCCGAGGCUGCCACAUCGGGCCUUGGACAAAUUAUAAAGCCGGGGGAGAGGGUUAGCGUAAUCUGCCUCCAUCCUUCGCCUUGGACUCCCUUCCGCCCCCGGGAAGCUCGUAUCCGGAAAGAGCGGACCGAGCCCGAUCCGACGAGGCACGUUUCGCGGGGAGCCAGGAGGAACCAUCGUACUCAAUGACCUUACAGCGCAAUGUCAGAUCGUUUGGGGCAAACAGCAAAGGGGAAGGAUGGAAAAAAGUAUUCGUCGCUCAACCUGUUUGAUACGUACAAGGGCAAGUCCUUAGAGAUCCAGAAACCCACAGUAACCCCCCGCCAUGGCUUGCAGAGUCUCGGUAAGGUUGCCAUUGCCCGACGCAUGCCACCCCCUGCAAACCUGCCAAGCUUAAAAGCAGAGAACAAAGGCAAUGACCCCAACGUCUCACUAGUGCCGAAAGACGGGACAGGAUGGGCAAGCAAGCAGGAACAGCCAGACCCAAAGAGUACCGAUGCCUCGACAACUCAGCCGCCGGAAUCGCAGUCACCGCCGGCUACACAGACGUCUGCCUCAAACCAACCGAAACGACCCCCAACAGCCCCCGAGAAUCCCCCUACAGUAGCAAGCGGGGUAAAGUCCUGGGCACAGGCCAGCGUUACCCAUGGAGCACAAGGAGAUGGUGGAAAGGGAUCAAGCCUACUGUCGCGAUUCUCUCGCGAGGAAUUUCCGACCCUGCAGGCGGCUGGCGACCAGGACAAAGCUGGCAAAGAAAAGGACACUACCGAUGCGUCGUAUGGGCCCGGACCAAACCUCCGCCCCCAGAACGCAACCAGCUGGCGGGAUGGAGGUGGGCGGGGCACCGAUGGGGAGCUGGUGCCUGAGGAUGGACGGGCUGGUGUCAGCAUGCAGCCCAGCAUCCCGCCUCAAUUCCCUCCCUAUCGGGGGAUGAUGCCGCCAUUUAUGUAUCCCCCAUAUCUCCCGUUCCCACCUCCGUAUGGGCCACAGGGACCUUACCGCUACCCCACAGCAGAGGCACAGAGGUUCCAGCGGCUCCCUGGGCCUCGCCCCGCACAACCUCAGUUGCGCACCUCGGAACCUGUAAGCCGUCCUCCCGUCCUCAAGCAGGACGACCUGAAAGAAUUUGAUGAGUUGGACCAGGAAAAUGAUGAUGGCUGGGCAGGAGCCCACGAAGAAGUGGACUACACUGAAAAGCUAAAAUUCAGUGAUGAAGAAGACGGGAAAGAGUCCGAUGAAGAUAUUACCGAAACCCGUAAUGAUGAAACUUCUGGUCCCGAAAGCCAGUCCUCAGGCACUGAGACAAAGAAGGCUGGAACUCCCAAAGAGGAACAAUCUCUUGUGAAAACAGCCUGGACUGAAAACACGCGUCCCCCAGAGGGCGCCAAAGACGUGCCGCCACCUUCCCCGGCCAUCCGCCCGCCACCGCCUCCACCACCUCCACCUCCAAACAGGGGCAACUGGGGGCAGCCCAACGAUUUCCCGGACCGCUCACUGCGGCCACUUCCUCCUGAGGAUGAGGAUGAAGCUUGGCGCCAGCGCCGAAAGCAAUCCUCGUCGGAGAUUUCUGCUGCGGUGGAGCGGGCCCGACGUCGGAGGGAGGAGGAGGAGCGGCGCAUGCAAGAGGAACGGCGAGCCGCCUGCGCCGAGAAGCUCAAGCGACUGGACGAGAAAUUUGGCGCCCCCGAUAAGCGUCUGAAGCCGGAACCUCCCAAAGAGCCCCCUGCUCCUCCUCCCCCUCCCACCCCAGUGCCCCCCAAUCCAUUGGCUGCCCCGGGCUCCCCAGAAGAAAAAAAAGAGGAGCUGGUUUUGGCUAACAAACCUCACAACGCGGCUGCCAGUGUCAGUGGUGGCAGUGUCAGCGGCAACAGCAGCAAUGGGAGCAGUUUGGAUUCAACCACUCUUGUCGCUGAACCCCCUCUGCCUCCGCCCCCUCCUCCCAAGGAAAUCCCAGAAGUGAGGGAAGAGCAACCAGCCUUGCCUGGACCCGUCCUUCCAGCGGUGCCCAUCUCUGCCAAGGUGGAGCCCAAGGGAGAAAUGGUUCUCCCAACUCGCCAGCCCAUUCCGGCUCAGACCCUUGGCUAUUCCAAAUAUCAGAAGUCCUUACCACCUCGAUUCCAGCGGCAACAGCAGGAGCAAUUGCUGAAACAGCAGCAGCAGUGGCAGCAGCAGCAGCAGCAACAGCAACAAAGCCAGGUCCAGCCUCCAUUGUCUUCCUCUACCCAGCAACAGGCAGCAGGUGUUCCUCUGGCCCCUCUGGGCCCCUCGGGCAACGUCCAUCCUCAGGCGGGGCCACCUGGACAGCAGCAGCCCUCGGCACCCCCUCAGGCACAGCAGGCUCCACCCAAAGGCAUCUAUCCAGGCUCCAUUGGGCGGCCUCCGCCAAUGCCUCAGAUAAACUUUGAUCCUCGCUGGAUGAUGAUCCCGCCUUACAUGGACCCACGCAUAAUGCAGGGCCGGCCCCCUAUGGAUUUUUAUCCUCCUGGUGUACACCCCUCUGGUCUUCUACCCCGUGAGCGAUCAGACAGCGGAGGCUCCAACUCAGAGCAGUUUGACCGCCAUCCUCCCAUCCUUCGAGAGCGUGGCACCCCACCUGUUGAUCCCAAGCUAGCCUGGCCUGGAGAUGUCUUCACCAAUGCCCCUUCUAGUGUUGACUCACGGCCUCCAACAGCAUCUCUUCGGCAGCAGGAGGAAGAGGAGAAAGGCUUAAGGAGCGAGACCCCACCUGUUCGCCUCCGUGAUGCUGUCACCCCUCAGCCAUACAUGGGGAACUACCAGGGUUUCUCAGAAAACGGCAACCCUGCACCGUUGCAUCGUUUCCCAAUGGAUGAGCCCCCACGGCCAGGAGGGCCCUGGCAAGCUAGCAUGCCUCUGGCAGCACCAGCGGAAGUGAACAGAAAUGGACGACCAGAGCCCCAAAUCCAAACAUCUCGCAAAAGUGAAGAGGAACCACAGUUGCUCCAUCGUGACCUCCCGGAAGAGGUCAAAUCAGUGGAGCCUCUGGUCAUUCGUCCAGUAGUAGCUAAAAAGCCUCCCCCCGAACAGCCCAAAGAGGAAAUCCCAGUUAAAGAGGAGAUAAUACGGCGGGUGGAAAAGCCACCGCGGCAGCAGCAUGAAUUCCAUAAGCAGCCACGGCGUGAGUCCAAAACUGAGACGCGUUGGGGUCCUCGUCCUGGCAGUAGCCGUAAAAUUGAAGACCUUUCUGGAGACAAGAUUCCACGCCGAGCUGGACCCAUUAAGAAACCGCCGCCCCCUAAGGAGAUAAAAGAUGAAGCUGACGAUCUGCGUGCUGGAGGAAAGGCCAAGGAGAGUGGAGAGGCACCGAGUAGUAAGCCCGAACUACCGAAAGAGCCUCCAAAACCAGGCAAGGAAAACAAAUCCAAGCCAGUGGUCAAUGGUGGAACAGUAAUGCCACCCAAAGAGCAGCAGCAGCAGCAGCAGCAUCAACAAGGCAACCUGUCGCCAAGCCGCCGGCGGCGAGAAGGACCUUACGAGCGUGGGGGCUAUGCUGGCCGUGGCCGGGCAAGGGGGCGAGGAGAGUAUUUUGCCCGAGGACGGGGCUUCCGAGGUGCUUACAGUGGGCGUGGCCGAGGCGGCCGGGGAAGAAGCCGAGAGUUCCGUAGCUACCGUGAGCCUUUCUAUCGGCUUGAUGAUGGCCCUGGUAAAACUACGGGGCCUGGCUCCAAUUUCCGUCCUCGCAACACCAGCGAGACACGGAGUGAAGGCUCCGAGUACGAAGAGAUCCCGAAACGGCGACGUCAGCGGGGGUCUGAGACAGGAAGCGAGACCCACGAGAGUGCCAGUGAUGUGGCCCACUCGGACAAGGAGAUGACCAAAGAGCCAGCCCCUAGCCAGCGCAACCGAGGCCCACCAAUGACUCAUACAGGAGCACCCCCUUCCCAGCACCCUGGCUUGCCUCGAUUUGCUGACAAGAUGCCCCCACGCCUCUCGGAUCCAGGAGCCCGUAGUGGCCGUGUCUUCACUCCCCGGGGUGUACCCUCCCGUCGUGGCCGAGGAGGUGGCCGUGCUCCCCCUGGCGGGUGGAGCCCUCCAUCUAAGCCCCAACCCAAUAAGAAACCCGAAAAGCAACAAGAAGCGGUUCUGGAAUCUUCAGUGAAGGAAAAGGCACCGCCGGGACCUCCCCCCGUGGCCCCAGAGGAUACCGGUGGUUUUCAAGCGCCCCCUAAGCAGCCUCCCCUUGGCCCCAACUCUGAUCGUGGCUUUGACCGACCACCUCGGCGACGGCGCCAUGGUCGUUCUCAGCAACAGGACAAGCCACCUCGAUUCCGGAGGCUGAAACAGGAGCGGGAGAACGCCGCCCGACUCAACGGUGAACAGAGGGUGGUAGGCCAGCCUUUCUCCCCGGCGCCUUCUGUUCCCGUCCCAGAGGAAUCAACUGCCCGUAGAGUGGCUGGCACAAAGUCUCCGGAUUUGUCCAACCAGAACUCUGACCAGGCAAAUGAGGAGUGGGAGACGGCUUCGGAGAGCAGUGACUUCACAGAGCGCCGCGGCGGUGGGGAGAAAGAGCCGGCGCCAGGCGGACCUCCCCCCACUGCCUUCCUGAAGGGGGGUUGCUCCGGCGUGCCUUCCGUCGGGGGGCGUCCCUCUAACAACGAGCUCAGUUUAGCCCAGAAGAAAGAAAUGUCCAAGCGCAGCUUCUCCAGCCAACGGCCUGGCAUGGACCGACAGAACCGGCGCUCCAACCCUGGCUCGGGGGGAGGAGGCAAAGCUGGCCGUGGAGGGAGCAGCGGCGGUCGCAGCGGAGGGGAUAAAAGAAGCUGGCCCUCUCCCAAGAAUCGCAGCCGAAACACAGACGAUCACUCUCCCGGCCUGAGCCUCCCUCCUGCUCCUACUACCAGUACAGUGUAUCGUUUGGAUCGCGUCAUUCACAGUGACCCAGCUGGCAUCCAGCAGGCUCUAGCUGAACUGGGCAGCCGCCACACAAAGCCCAGCUCCCCUGGCCCGGCUCAGCCGUCCUUCCUCGGAUCUGGAAGUGGGAACCCUUCGGGCCUCCCGUUGGGGUGCUUUGAGAAUAGGAGUGGCAGCACUACAGAUUCCUGCUUCCUGGACAAGAACCAGCUUCUCCGUUCCGGCAGUGCUCCUCUGAAGGAAUCUGGCGCAGUAAGUGGCUUUGGUGCAAAACGCCGAGAACGGCCUCGCAAGCAAGAUCUUCUGCAGCAGGAGCCCCUGAGCUUUCCCAGUGGGCCAAGUUUUGUACCCUCCAAAGAAGAGACACCAGGAGAGCCUCACAGCAGGAGUGUGCCAGUGUCAGAAGGGCUAGCCCCACAGAUCUGGAACCGUCUGAAUUCUAACUCUUCUCGGAAAAGCUACCGUCCUGCCUCUGUGGAACCAUGGAUUGACCCACUGAAUGCCUUUGAAGAGGUUGCAAGUACAGAGAUGAGCCUGUCUGACAGCGGCGUGGACCUUAGCAGUGACUCCCAGGUCUCCUCGGCCACCUGUAGCCAACGCAGCUCUCCCGAUGGGGGUCUGAAAGCCACCCCGGAUGCUGCCACCAAGCGGGGUGGAGCCCUUGGCAAGAGUAAGGAUGAUCCCUUGGCCCCCGAUCCAGAAGCAACGGACGCUAAGGAACAAAGGAGGAGGCCCCCACCACCUAGAGACUCCAGUUUGCUCAAGGACAAGAAGCGCUCCCAGCGAGCCGAGAAGGCCAAGGAGAGCACGGAAGGGCUGGCCGUGCUGAAGCCUGAACAGGGCCCUCAACUGGACUCCCCGGGAGCCUGCCCGCCCAUCCAGUUUGGUGCCAGCGAUAAGGACGCCGACCUUCGCUUCAUUGUGAACGAAGUCCCCAAAGCAGGUGAAGAGCUGCACCAGGCACUCACCGAAGGGCUGGCCUCUGCUCCCAGGGAGUGGGAGCUGCUUCCUCCAGCCCCUCCCGGCCACAGGGCAUCCCCCGAGAUGCCUCCCAGUCGGUCCUUUGAGCCCCGAUCUUUCCCGGGAGCUCCAGCCGCCGCCGCCUCUUCCUGUUUGCAUAGCUUCCCAGCAGACGCUCCCAUGUUCUCAGGUGAGAGGGGCCAGGGGCCGCGGCUGUACCCGGAGCUGUUUUAUGGGAACCAGGUCCCCAACGCCCAGCUCGAGUCUCAGCUCCACAGCGCAAGUGGUGGCAGCAACUACCGUACGAACGCCCCUUCGGUGCACUCAUACAGGUCCCAGCACCUGUACCUCCAGCCCAGCCCGGCCCCUGCUUCUCCAGCUCAGACAGCAGCGGGCACAGUGCUUCCGAGUUCAGCCUUGCUCUCGGGGAUGGCCUUGAAAGGGCAGUAUGUGGAAAUAGCCGCUCUGCAGGCAGCCGACCUGCCCAAGCUUCCGGCUACGGGCUUGCUCUACCAGGCACCGCCUCCCUCCUUCAUCUACAGCUCAGCCUUCUGUGGAAGCCAGUUGGCUCCUGAACAGGCCUUGCUUCAGGUGCGUCAGGAGCUCGCCUCUCCUUCCGAGUUCUACCCAGCCACACUGGGCCAAGGCAGCCAGAGCAAUUUCCUGACGGCCACAGGACCUGCCCAACAGGUGCUCUUGCCGGUGGUGGAGCCACCCCAGUUGCCACCCGUGGUGAACUUUGGCUCUUUGCAACAAGCACCCCCAGCUGCCUCCGCCCCGCCGCCACCCCCACAGCCCCCUCCUCCAAUGCCUCUGGUUCCUGUGGCUGCCCAGGCACUCCGGGCCCCAGGACAGCUGGCUGGGAGACUGGUGUCUCCUGCCAUCCGAGCCUUUCCUCCCGGCGGAGUGGGACGGAACGAGCUUCAUGCUCUGGAAAUGAAACCCAUGCCAGAUUACCGGAAACUCAAUGGUCUGGGGUCUGUAGGUGCCCGGCCCCCUUCUGGGAACAGGCCUUUCUCCGGAGGCUUCAGUGCCAGGCUCAAAUCUCCCGGGUCCGGCUACGGUGGCCUCUUUCGUGCCCAGCGCUUUGAGGUCUACCAGCAGUCCGACGUCCUUCGGUGGAACCCCCGCUGCUGGGAACGGGCCCCUCAACCCCGGGACGGAGCCCCUGCCCGCCGCCUUGAGACGGACACUCGGUCCCACGCCGACAAGCAAGACCCCAAUCUCUCCGGACACCACUAGCCCAGAAUACUCCUCCCUCCCUUUUGGAUUUGGUUUUUGACAUCCUUUCCUCAGAAUGAUUUUUUUUGGGAGGGGGGGGGGAGCUCUUUGCCGGGGCUCAUCCCUCCUCUCCGGUUGAUGUAUCCUAAAGAUGGGGUGUCUCCUUAAUUCCUUUUCUGUUUCUGUGGGGAGGGGGCAGACUGAAUUUGUCCCCUCUGUUAGGGGUGUUUUAGACUCUUAGUGGGAUACUCGGAGUGUAAUUUGGGGGGGCAAGGAUCAGGAUUUGGGGAGGCUCCCAGCUGAAUGUAUUUUUGCUUAUUUCCUUUGGUUUCACCUGAGUUUAUAUUUUUCUGGGAGGGGCUGCGUUGCCUCUUGAUCCCCAGAGACGGGAGGGGGUGGAGCUGCUCUUAAGUGUGGAGUGUAAAUAUAUAUAAAUAUGAACAUGUGAGGUCUUGCCUCUCCCCUCUUCUAUUUAUGGGAGUAGGGGGAGGCGUGCCUGGGAGCCUGCCUCCUCUCCUGUCUGUCUGCUCCCCUGAGUUUGAAAUAGGAAGCGUUGAGUUUUUAAAAGGUGGUCGAGCUGGUUUGUUUAAUAAAUAAAACCAAAAAAAAAAAAAGUUGUUUAAAAAAAAACCAAUAAAAUAAAAAGAUCAAUCUGUUG